GAAGCUUCUUUCAUUGUUCUUCUUGUAUAGUAUUCCUUUUUUGACUUUGAGACGAUCUCUUUCCCUGAAAUUGCAGGUUUUCUUCUCAUCGCAUUAUAAUAUGACGCUGUGCCUUUAUCGACAAUCUUAAUUUUGUAGAGAAUUCUCGCUGAACGGUUGUUUUGUCAAGAACUGUUGGUAAAAAGGCACAAUGCGUGCACCAUCACUGCUUGCUCAGUGCUUGCCAGGCUUGGUAACUCACGAGCGAGGAAGUCACAGCAUGUCCACCAUUUCAGAGAGAGACACUCAUCUUCCUUCACCAGCUGUCGAGAUUCUCCCUUCCAAGACAGCUCACUCCUACAAGCAUGCUGGAGAUAAUGUAGAACUGCAAGGGCUUCAUAUGUUCAAGGGAAGAAUUAGUGUUGCUGAUAUAAUCGGUUUUGGUGGUUCAGAAAUUGUACCCUCAAAGCCUGAUGGGCCUCUGAGAUCGUGGGACAGCUCCAUUGAUCUUGUUAAUGUCCUUAAGCAUGAGAUUCGUGACGGACAACUAAGCUUUAGAGGCAAGAGGGUGCUCGAGUUGAGCUGCAGCUAUGGACUUCCUGGGAUUUUCGCUUGCCUGAAGGGGGCUUGUACAGUGCACUUUCAAGACCUCAAUGCAGAAACCAUAAGAUGUACAACCAUACCAAAUGUCCUGGGCAACCUUGAGGAAGCCCGGGACAGACAAAGUCGACAACCAGAGAGCCCCCUUACUCCAUCUAGACAAACUUUGUCCCCAACAGUCCAGUUCUAUGCUGGGGAUUGGGAAGAACUCCCCACUGUUUUGUCUGUGGUUAGGAGCGAUGCAUAUGAAGUGAAAACAGGGAUGAAGUUGAGCUUCUCUGAGGAGGAUUUCAUGGAUGGAUGCAGUAGCCAAGAUGGUAGUGUAACAGGGCAGGAGUGUCCCGCAAGGCGAUCAAGAAAACUUUCGGGAAGCCGAGCAUGGGAAAGGGCUGAUGAGACAGAUCUGGGAGAAGGAGGUUAUGAUGUUAUUUUACUGACAGAGAUACCAUACUCAGUAACUCCAUUGAAGAAGCUAUAUGGUCUUAUCAAGAAGUGUGUGAGACCUCCAUAUGGAGUAAUUUACUUAGCAACAAAGAAGCAUUAUGUUGGUUUCAACAAUGGAGCGCGACACCUGAAAAGUCUCGUAGAUGAAGAAGGCGUUUUCGGAUUGCAUUUAAUAAAGGAAAUGACUGACAGAGACAUAUGGAAGUUCUUUCUCAAGUGAACAAUAGUUGAGAGGUUCCUAAGAGCAGAAUUUUUGGACUUUUAUUUGUGCUAAACGAUUAUUAUCUGUAUAAUGUGAUGAUAAGCAUCAUUCCAUCGUUUUAUAUUUUCAUUUGAAAUUUUUUUUAUUAGUAAUAAUAGUGGUGGAAAUUUGAAGAAUUAGUUCAAGCACAUA